AUGCUUCAAACACUCUUUCUGCUAUCCUUUGCGAUCCUUUGCAGCGCACUCGGGGAUCUCGGUUAUGGAAAGCUAUUCAGUACGAGCUUCGGAUACCCUGGUGUCAAUGCCUCCUAUGACUAUGUUAUCAUUGGUGGUGGGACAGCGGGCUUAACACUGGCAACGAGGCUAGCUUUGAACGGCACCUAUUCCGUCGCUGUCGUGGAAGCUGGCAGCUUUUACGAACUUGACAAUGGCAACUAUAGUCAGUAUCCGUCAGGUGUUAUCCGCUCUACAGAUCCAGGCCCCAAUCUUAGUGCCGUGAAUGGCCUCAUAGAUUGGAGAUUUUUGACGACGCCUCAAACGGGGUUGCUCAACCGUACGGUUCAUUAUGCACGGGGAAAAUGCCUAGGAGGCUCCAGCGGCCGCAACUACCUCCUCUACCAAAGAGCAACUGUCGGCUUCUUCGAUGAAUGGGCUAAGGAAGUAGGGGAUGCUUCAUACGAAUGGCAGAGUGUGUUGCCUUACUACCAGAAAUCAGCUCAUUACACACCAGGUAACACCACUACUCGUGCUGCAAACUCUUCGCGUGGCACUGUGGACGAGACAGCAGUGUUUGCNAAAAAUGAUGGGCCCCUCCAAGUCAGUCUUCCGAAAUAUGCUGCUUCAUGGUCAUCCUACUUCCCUUCUGCUUUUUCAGAACUUGGCUUGCCACAGUUAGAAGGAACCAACAGUGGAAUUCUCAACGGUUGGACCUAUAUGACCAUGUCCGAAGAUCCAACAUACCAAACACGAAGUUCUUCAGAAACGUCCUACCUCAAACUAGCGUUGGAGCGCACUUCUCUCACUGUCUAUACUCAUGCUUUGGUUAACCGAAUCAUGUUUGAUGACACCAAGACUGCACGAGGCGUGUUGGUCGAUGUUGCAGGCAUGAAAUUCAUGCUAAACGCAACCAAGGAAGUCAUCGUAUCCGCCGGGGCCUUUCAGUCGCCACAGCUUCUAAUGGUUUCUGGUAUCGGACCAGCAUCAACCCUGAAAGGUCUUGAUAUCCCUGUCAUUUCAAACCUGUCAGGCGUUGGACAAAACAUGUGGGACAAUCCAAGGCUUACUCUGUCGCUGGAAGUCAACCUGGAGACCGGCACGACAUUGACCAACCAGCCUGAAAGAGCCCUUGAGGAGACUGAAAAGUACAUUGUCAAUCGCACCGGAAUGCUCACGUCAACUGGCGCCGACUUCGCUGGGUUCGUCAAGCUCACCAAUGAUUCUCGCUCGAACUUCUCUACAGAGACCAGAUCCUCUCUGGCCGAGACGUUUCCACCAGACUGGCCGGAGGCAGAGUUCUUCGCAUCCUCGAAUGGCGUCGCAGGAUUGGCUCACAAUGGCGCAGGCAUUUUCAUUGGACUUCUCGCAACAUUCAGUCGUGGCAGUGUGACAAUCAAAUCAGCAGACAUGGCUGACGCACCUGUGAUCGACCCCGCCUGGCUGACCGACAAACACGAUCAAGAGAUCGCAGUCACCGCGUUCAAAUAUGCACGUCGUCUUGCCAACACCACAUCCUUGCGAAAAGUCAUUGUCGGUGAAGAAGUUGUGCCAGGACCUGCUGUUCAAUCUGACGCACAGAUCCUUGAGUACCUAAAAAACACCACGGUCACCUAUUAUCAUGCAUCCUCUACUUGCAAGAUGGGUAUGAGAAAUGACAGCAUGGCUGUGGUAGACAAGGAUGGAAAGGUUUUUGGUGUCAAGAAUUUGAGAGUCGUGGAUGUCAGUGCUUUGCCCUUAUUGCCACCCGGACAGCCACAGGGUACUGUGUACAUGCUGGCAGAGAAGAUUGCUGAUAAGAUACUGGAGGAGGCUUGA